CCGAAGUUCAUCCACGAGCGCGCUCACAUGACGUACACGUAAUAGUGACGCAGGUCAAAAGCGAUUGUAUUUAUUUAUACGUGCCAGACUCAUCCACGAAAGCAUCGUAGAUUCUUUGGACUUAAGGUUGGAAAAUGGACCCAUGUGACUGUUCUAAGAGCGGAUCCUGUAACUGCGGGCAAAACUGCAAAUGCACGAAUUGCGCUUGCGCUAAAUGCAAGAAAGGUGGCACUGGCUGUUCGUCUGAAUGCAGCAAAGGUGCGAAGGGCUGUGAAAGUGCGUGCAAGGACAAGGAGAAGAAGGCUUGCGACACACACAAGCAUUGCUGCAAAUGAAUCUACCUGUAAGACUGUGGUCUUUAAAUAAAGGCAUAUUACGUACUUA